UAUAUAGCUUAAUCAAGGUCAAGUUCAUAGCAGUUACCAGUUGUCAAUGGCAGCCACAUUGCUAGCAUUUUUCUUUGUGUUCAUUGUCCUAUGCUUCUUCCUCCAAAUCCACAGGAAAAAACCAGAAACCAAUAACAAUCUGCCACCUGGAAGCUUCGGAUGGCCGUUUUUAGGUGAAACCAUAGAGUUCGUCCGUGCACAAAGACAUGGAGCCCCGGAGAAAUUCGUGAGAGAUAGAAUGGAGAGAUAUGGCAGUCCUUUGGUUUUCAAAACAUCGUUGCUCGGCCACCGUAUGGCUGUCUUUUGUGGGCCUGAGGGGAACAAGUUUUUGUUUGGAAACGAGAACAAACUGGUGGCGUCGUGGUGGCCCGAAGCAAUCCAGAUGCUGUUUGGUAAAUGCUUAAAUACAAGCCGCGGAGAUGAAGCCAAAUGGUUGAGGAAGAUGAUGCUGGCCCAUCUAGGUCCGGAUGCUUUAUCGAAUCGUUUGACUGGCACCAUGGAUAUAGUUACCCGUCUCCAUAUCCAAAAUCAAUGGCAAGGUAGGAGUGAGGUGAAAGUUUUCAACACGGUGAAACCAUACUUAUUCGAGCUCGCGUGUCGUCUGUUUCUAAGUCUCGAAGAUCCAAAACAUGUUGCAGAACUUGGAUCUUUAUUCAACACUUUCCUAAAAGGGCUAGGGGAACUGCCUAUCAAUAUCCCAGGGACACGUUUUUACCAUGCUAAAAGAGCGGCAACUGCUAUUAAAAAACAUCUAAUCAUGAUUAUUAAGCAAAGGAAGCUGGCCCUAAAACAAGAAAAUGCACCAUCUUUUGAAGACCUUUUGUCACAUUUGCUUCUAUCUUCAGAUGAAAAUGGUCGGUUUUUAUCCGAAAUGGAGAUUGCAAAUAACAUUUUAUUGCUACUCUUUGCCGGUCAUGACACUACCGCCGUCUCCAUAACAUUACUCAUGAAGGGUCUUGGGGAACAUCCGGAUGUUUACAAAAACGUGUUGAAAGAGCAAUUGGCCAUUUUGGAGGAAAAAGCGCCUGGUGAGGUGCUAAAGUGGGAGGAUAUACAGAAGAUGAGAUACUCCUGGAAUGUAGUAUGUGAAGUACUCAGAUUAAUUCCACCUGUGACUGGAGCUUUCCGCGAGGCCCUGGUGGAUUUUGAGUACGCGGGUUACACAAUCCCCAAAGGAUGGAAGAUAAUAUGGAGUGCAGUCAUGACACAUAAGGAAGAAGAUAACUUCCCAAACGUUACGAAAUUUGAUCCUUCAAGAUUUCAAGGAACCGGACCCACACCAUUCGCCUAUGUUCCAUUUGGAGGCGGUCCUAGGAUGUGUUUAGGGAAAGAACUAGCCCGUGUGCAAAUACUCGUGUUCCUACACAAUAUUGUGACUAAGUUUAAGUGGGACCUACUAAUUCCCAAUGAGAAAAUCGAGUACGAUCCUUUGGCUACCCCAGUACAAGGACUCCCAAUUCGACUCCAUCCUCAUGAUAUUUGAAGCUUUUCUAUCAAGUAUUUGUUAGUCUGGUUAUGUAUCAGUGCUAAACAUUUUUUUAAUAUUAAUUAUACUUGUGUAACCCCUGCAUAGUUGAGUAAAAACAAAAAAGAAUAUCAAACUUCUUUCAAGAUUGAUGAACA